AUGUUUGUCAACCGCCGUCAACGCCGGUCAUUGUUCAAGAACAGUAAAAGCGACUCGAACGAUAAGCUGCGCAAACUGGACGCCGUAUCGCCUGCCCGGACCCUCGAAGAAUGGUGGUCGAGGGCCAAGGGUCCGCUUUUGCCCUCUGAGGGCGCGGAUGGGCAUAUUGUCUGUGUUGUCUGUCUCGAGUCCGUCCUACGAUCCCAGGAGAUCCGAGAACUCAAAUGCCUGCACGUCUUCCACAAGGAAUGCCUGGAGCAGUGGUAUCUGCAGGAUCACUUCAAUUGCCCGCUCUGCUAUCGCGCAUAUUAUAUCCAAGAGACCCACCCGACGACCGACUUUGUAUGGAUGGUAUGA